AUGCCCCCCCCCCCCCCCCCCCCCCCCCCCUCGCCCCUCCUCAUCAAAAAAAAUGUUCAAGGUCAGCUUAGCUCACUUAACGAAUGUACCACAAGUGAAUGGUUUGGAUGUUUGUUAUCACCAUGUUAUUUUGCAUCGUGCCCUCUUUAUCCUGAUGCUAUCUGCAGACAAUACCAAGAAGAAAUCGACAAUGUACCUAUAAACCAAACCCACAAAUCUUUAGCAAAGCCUGAUAUAUGUGGUCAUUGCGAAGAAGAUUAUUAUCAAGAUGGAAUUAGAGUGGAUUGUAUCGGUUCAUUUAGAGAACAACUCAGAGAGUUGCGUUUGAUGAUGAGGGAGCAAACAUCUACCAUAAGUAACGGACCAUCCAAUUCGAAUUCUCGCUCUAGAAAUAAUCCUCAAAGAAUUACACCAACGGUUCAGACAGCACCAAAUACUCUUACAAAUAGCGGGCCAGUUCCCAAUGUUCUUAGCAAUAGCCCUACCAAUAUUGAUUCAGUGGUACAAGUAGCUCCCGUACCUGAUUUAACUGGUGUCAAUCCCAACGUGCAGCAGCCGGAUAUGAUUGGAAACUUCAAUGAAGCUAAUCAAUUCAGUUUAUCGUCUCCAAGUGAAAUGCCACCAAAUAAUCCAAUCGAAACUGCACCACUCAUACCAUCUUCUCCGGUGGUCCGACCACUUGAUACUCCUGCUGCAACAAUUCCUCAGGUGUCAGAUUCGUUAAACCAAGGUGCCAGUCAGCCAGAAUUAAAACCUUCAGCGAACACAGAUCCAUUUGACAUGUUUAGAGUCGGUGGUAUGAAUGAACCAGCCGUUGGUUCUCCCGUACCUCCUGAAAUUAAUCCUAUACCAACAGAAGGUUUCAAUGCUUUUGCUGAGUUUGGCAUUGAUGGCCCCAAUGAACCCGUCAAUGCUGUUCCACAGAUGAAUCCACAACCUACUGCUGCUGAACUGAUACCUGAAAUCAAUCCUAAAACAGUUGAACCUAUAAAUCCUUUCGCUGAUUUUGGUCUUGGUAGCCCGAAUGAAGCUCAACCCAACGCACAAGACACAUUGAAUGUUCCACAGAAUUCUGAAGUACCUGCCUCUCAAAGUUUAAUACCCGAUGUAAUACCUGGGCCUUCACAGGAUUUUAAUGCUUUUGCAGCCUUUGAGCUUGGAGGUCCAGUCGAACCUAUUGGGAACACCCAAAAAAUUGUUCCACAGAGUUCAAGAGCUAUUAUUACUCCUCAACAAAAUAAACUACCUACAGCAACUAAUGUCGAACUGCAAAUCAAUUCUCAACCACCAUCACCAGCAGUAGCAAAUCCACCAACAGAGUCCCCGACUCCUUUUCAAGUUUCUGCCUGUGUGAAGGGUUAUGUUAGACGAAACUGCACAGAAAAUGCGUGUGCUGGGCAAACAUGCCAUAUCCCUGGUGCAAGAUGCUUUGAAAGUAAUUGUGGAAGUUGUCGUGCUGAAUGGUAUUUAGAUGGUAGAUUGGUAGACUGUAGUUCAGAAUGUCCACCAAGCACGAUUACAGCUAUUUGUACCAAUCCAUGUUCAUACAUGUCAUGCCCUGCCCAUCCAAAUGCUGUUUGCAGAUCAAAUAAAUGUGGUAUCUGUACAGCAGAUUUCUUUGUCAACAAUGAACAAGUUAGUUGUGAUAUACCAUCAGAUCCUUGUCCCGCUGGUCAAGAACCAAAAGGCUGUGUCUGUUUUUCAAAGAUAUGUCCCAUGGACAGCCAGGCUAGAUGCAGAAUUGUUGGUUGUGGUAGAAACUGUAAAAUACAAUAUUAUAAAGCAGGAUUAAACGGUACAGAAAACGUGUCUUGUGGAUGGUACAGCCGUAAAAGAACAUAA